AAGGACUAGACUGACUGAAAAUAUGUAUAAAUAUUAUACAUAUUGAUGAAUGGUGUUUUAUUAAUAUCUUUAAGAACAUUUUUAUAAUCUAUAGCAAAAUGAGAUUUUGGGACUGGACAGCAAUUUUAUAUUUCUGCUGUAUAAACACAUUCUAAUUUUUCAUAAAUCCUUGUGUUUAGCAAUAAUUCAUCUUAAACAUGACAUUGCUGAAGCCUGACAAGUCCUAUUUAAAAAAGGAAAGAGAAUGAAAAAUUCUGUUCUUUCUCAAUGCCAACUGAAAAGUGCCCCUUAGUAUGAAAUGCAGGUGGUAGAAGGGUCUCUAAAGACAAGGUGUUAACACACUUGCAGAUGUUUCCUGAAACGUUGACAUUAUGGUGCAGUAUCUCAUGACCACUGGUUUAUAUAAGGAGAUUGCAGCCUGUAAUCUGUAUGUACUAUUGAGGCCCAGCGGGUCAUUUCUGCUCGCUUUGAUUUCAGAGUACUGCUUUAAACGCUUAUAAUCCCAGGAUUUUUCUGCCAUUAAGUGAUGGCUUUUUGAAGGGGAGUGCUGAUGAUAGUGGAUGUGUGCACAUACAAACAUUCAUAUUCUCUAGGAGAGAAGCAGUAGAGACAAGUCAUGGUUGAUGAACUUUUAUUAGUUUUCUGUGCACGAGAACCUUUACCGAACAUGCUCGACAGGUAAGCAGUUUGCAGCCAUUGCUUUUUUAUUUUAUUUUAUUUGGUCAAAUAAAAUGUUCUGUCCUCUCUUGCUGAAAAUCAGUUCAACAACAAGAUCUCCUAAUUGUUUAGUUUUAGAGGAUAUGCUUGAGUUAAUUUAUCUUAAAAAAUCCACAGUUGAGCGGAACCAGUGAUGCGUUUCAUCCUAACUGCUGUGUACUUCCUCCUUGUCCUUCCCCGUCAUGCCCUGGCACUAUGGGCCUGCACGCGCUCUUGUCCUCCCAGUUGCACGUGUACUCACGAGAAGAGUUGCAGCGUCCUGUGUGACCACGUCAACAUGAUGGACCUGCCUAAAGAGUUCCCCUGCGAGGCGUCCUCCAUCAACCUGGACAAGAACAGCAUCAAGUUUCUAUCCGAGCGGGCCUUUGGCACCCUGCCUUCGCUCAAGACACUGUCGCUGAACCACAACAACAUCUCCUUCAUCACACCGGGAGCGUUUAAAGGGCUGCCCAAUUUGCAGGAACUCAAGUUGUCCCACAACGAGCACAUCCGCUACCUGCACACUCGCUCCUUCACGGCACUCAAGCGCUUGGUGCGUCUGGACCUCUCCGACUGUAACCUGUUCAAUAUGCCAGACCGCAUCUUCCUGGAGCAAAUCUCCCUGAAGGAACUGCUGUGUUUCCAAAACAACUUUCGACAUGUUCCCGGGUCCAUAAGGGGGAUGGAAAACCUCACACAUGUUUACUUGGAGCGCAACAAGAUUGAAGCGGUGGCCUACAGCACUUUGUUGGGCCUAACCAACCUCAAGUACCUCAACUUACAGGAGAAUCGCAUAAACGUGAUACACGAUGAGGCCUUCAAAGAUCUAGUGCGUCUGGAGAACUUCUACCUGAACGAUAACCUGUUGGUCGACCUACCCCAGCAUGCUUUCAAGGGUCUAAGCAACUUAAAAAUGCUGAAUCUGGGUGGGAACUUGUUGAGCAAUGUGUCUAAAACAUGGUUCAGUGACCUGGUGGAGCUGGAGGUGCUGUACCUGGAUCGGAACCGGCUGUCCUACAUCGAGGAGGGCGCCUUUGAGAACUUGACGAGCCUCAUCACGCUGCACCUCAACAGCAACAAUCUGACAUCUCUGUCCUUCCCCGUCUUCCAGCCCAUCUAUUUCAUCGGCCGCCUGUAUCUCUUUCGAAACCCCUGGGAGUGUACCUGCGACCUGGAGUGGUUGAGGGAGUGGAUGGAGAGUUAUAAGUUGGUGAGGGACAUUCCAUGUGCAUCUCCAUCCUCCGUGGCUGGCUUGGACCUGAGUGAAGUUGUCUACGCUCACCUGAACGGCACCUGUCUGGAUCCCCCGGAGCUCAACCUGACCACAUCUCCUCCUGAGUAUUCCACCGUGGAGAACAAGUUCAAUAGCCUCAUCUCCAGACUUCUACAACAGGAACUGAGGGACGAGAUGGUCAACGUCACGGAUGGUCUGAGGAACGGCACCCAGCAGGACCUCGCUGAGAGUCAGGUUUCUUCUGGACGUGGACUGUUCGGAGCUCUGCAGACUGUGUCUCUUCUUGUGAUUCUUUUUCUACUCCAGAUUUACGGCAUUAAUGCCUCUUGAGAGUCUGGUGAAUACCAAAAGGGAUUGAAGUGCAUCCAAGAGUGGAAGUAAUUUUCCAGUAUGGGAAAUGUUUGGAUUUAAGGCCGUGAUGAAAUGUUUGAUCUAUCUUGCCAUGAGCGGUGGGUUUUCUCAUGUUGAAUAUGGAAUUCUGGCAGAUAUAAUGGAGUUGGAGAUGACCAUCUCUUUAAAUUAAUGGAAACUGGUCUUGAAGGGAAAGGAGCAUGUUUUAAGCAAAUAAGACUGUAAAGUGUAACUGAGGGCCAUUUUCUGAGAACUGCAACUAGUGGCACGAAUGUUUUUAUAGCAUUAUUUUUUAUCUAGAUUUGAUUUAAAACAUCUUAACGUAUCUAUAGUGCAAAUACAUUUGUUCGUGUUCUGUUUCAUAAGUUUGUAACAUUUGUUGUUUAGGAGGUUUAUCUGAUAAAGUGUCUCGCUAUCAUUUCACCAGAAGGCAUAACACGCUGUCCUCUUUGUUUGGAUCAUUGAAUCGGCUAAGUUUCCAGUUCUGGAAAAUGCAUUAGUCCUUCUAUUCUCUAAAGCUUAAGUGCACUCGGUAACAUAAGCUUCUUCAUAUUGUAACCAAAUGGGAUUGGCUUUAUCAUGGUGUUUCUCUGUUAUGAUCAUAAAUCUUCACUAUACAGAGCACAACGUGCACAGAAUGAUUUAGUCAUAUCGUGACAUGAGCUUCUGAGCUACUAAAUAUAAAGUAUUUGUGGAAGAGACCUAAUUGUUGUGCUUUAAUACUGAUUUUUGUUCACUUGUGAUUGAGAUACUUUGAAUAAAAAAAAAAAUCAUUGCAUAAAUAGUAAAAUGACUCGGGUGCAAAGUUUUGAAAGUGUACUGAUGAAGGUUAAACGUUGCAGUGCAAGUCUGGUAGCAUUAUGGCCUUUCACAUUGAGCAUGGUGCUUAAAAUGAAAUCUAAAUUUCAGGUUAACCUUGUCCUAGUCUCAGAAAAUGCAUUCAUAAAGUUUAGCUCCUGUAUUUUAUGCAACGUGAAAGGUUUGAGAUGUUCUCAUGGUACUGCAGCAGUUAAUAAUGCAGCCUUGUGUUUGUGUGUGUGUGUGUGUGUGUGUGUGUGUGUGUGUGUAUAUAUAUAUAUAUAUUCCCCCAGAUUGUGUAAUUUUAUGUUAGUGGUGAGACUACAGUUGACUAUUUAGUCGCCAAAAAAAAAAAAUAUUUUUUUUUCAUAUUGUUUAUAACAUGAAGUUCGCCAUUUCUGCCUGAUUUUAGGGAAAACAAUUUAGCCAUUAAAGGUCCCUUUCUUCGUGAUCCCAUGUUUUAACUUUAGUUAGUGUGUAAUGUUGUUGUUAGAGUAUAAAUAAUAUCUGUAAAGUUCUAAAGCUCAAAAUUCAAUGCCAAGCAGAAUUUGCCCACAAAAAACGACCCGUUUGGACUACAACCCUCUAGUUCCUGUAGUAAUGAGGUCACUAAAACAGUUUUUUGACUAACCACCGCCCACGUGA